CUUUUUAUCUAAACCUUUCACUUGAAGCAGUCGCCUUUAGUUUUGAUUUCCCGUCUUAUUAAAUUUCUGUAUCCCUGUCCUUAGGUAAAUCUAAACUAAUCUAAAGCGACAAAACAGUCAAAGCAGUUUUCUCUUCUGAAACUUUAAUUUUGGUUUCUACUUUGUCUCAAAAAUGCCUGAUACUAACACCGCACAACAGGAGGAUAGAUCUUCAAGUGAUUGUGAAGAAACCAAGAAAGUCUCGACAGGUUUAAACAUGCCUAUGGAUUUAACAGCAGAAAGCAACAAUAUGAAAAGAAAAAUUGAUUCAAUUUAUCUUGAAGAUGAUUUAAGACAUGAAGAAUCCAAGGAAUCUACAAGUGAAGAUGAAAUGCAUAAUCAAAAUCCUAAUGUGGAUAUAUUUGGAUAUAGUUUAACUUCAAAAAAGCAUCUGGCUAAAUUUACUGUUAACUGCCCUCACUGUUCAAGAAAAGUAGGUGCUCUUCGAUUUGCUUUUCAUUUGGCUCGCUGUAUGAAAACUGGAAGCAGAAGAGCUGGACGUCGCUAAUAAGCUAAUUUCUUUUAGUACUUCAAAGAUUAUAAGAAAGAUAGAUUGUAAUGCUGCUUAUUAAGUUUUUCUUUCAAAGUAUUAAACAGGACACAAUAUGAUUGUUAUGUUAACGAUAUACAUUUGUAUUUUUCUAACAUCUCUAUUUUUUAAACAAAAUGUUAUGGUUAAAAUUAAAGGUUUGAAAUUUA